AUGGCUCACGAUGCCCCUAUGAUUUUUGCUGUUGGAAUUCUAGGUAACCUUGUCUCCUUCUGUUGUUUUCUAGCACCAGUGCCAACAUUUUAUCGAAUUUGUAAGAAGAAAACCACCGAAGCUUACCAAUCACUUCCUUACGUGGCAGCACUUUUCACUUCAAUGCUUUGGAUUUUUUAUGCUUACAUAAAAACAGGAGAAAUACUUCUUAUCACCAUCAACGCAUUUGGUUGUUUUAUAGAGACAGUUUAUCUUGUCAUCUAUAUCACUUAUUGUAACAAGAAAGCUAGGUUUUUUACCUUCAAGAUGAUUUUCUUGUUCAACGUUGGAGUUAUUUUCUUGGUUGUUCUUCUUACUCACGUUCUGGCAAAAGAACGAACAGCCCGAAUUGAGCUUCUGGGUUGGAUUUGUGUAGUUCUUUCUACCAGUGUGUUUGCAGCACCUUUGAGCAUCAUUAAAGUGGUUAUUCGAACCAAAAGUGUGGAGUUCAUGCCUAUUUCUCUGUCAGUCCUCCUCACAGUGAGUGCAAUUAUGUGGAUGGCAUACGGUAUUCUCCUAAGGGACAUCUAUGUAACACUUCCGAACUUUGUGGGUGUCACGUUUGGAACAAUUCAGAUAGUACUCUAUUUGAUAUACAGAAAGAACAAGCCAGGUAAGGAUCAAAAGCUGCCUGAAAACAAAGACAAUGUUAGCAAUGAAGAAAACGCCAACACAACUGUGAGUGGUGAGAAUCAGGGAGCAAACACUGCUGGAUUUGUUGACAUUGAGAUUGGAGAGAAGAAGGAAGAGAAGAAAGUUCAGGAAGCAGAGAAAAAACAGGACCAAGUUGGUAAUUCUCGUGACCAAACAGAACACAACAACAACAGCAACAAAACAAGAGAAGCUAGCACUCAACUACAACAACACAAGGAGGGUUGA